CACGCUUGAUCUUUACCUCGUCCGUGACCAAGUGAUUCAGAUUCAGAGCGUGCGAGACGCGUCCGUUGAAGGAAGAUGGCUGCUUCGUGACUUUUGGAUAGCUCUUUGCCUCGACUGGUACAUCAGUCCAGGACUACGCUCCUUCGGCAAGCAUGCAGCUCCUGUGGCUAAUCUGUCGUUUGACAGCCGUGACAGCGAUACCGACGUCGUUGUCGGUCGCAAGAAUUUGGAGGAUACCGAGCACGAUGAACGACACGGAUUCGCGUCCGGAGAACGACUACCACGAGGAUCGGGAACAGAGAAUUUGCGAAACGACGCACUGUAACCAGAUCGCUAAGAAGAUUCUGGAAAGCAUGGACACUUCUGCCGAUCCUUGUACAGAUUUCUACCAAUACGUUUGUGGAUCAUGGGGGACGCACAAUCCUAUACCGGACAACGAGCUCGAAUGGUCCGAAGAUUACAUCGUCAUGCAAAAGACGUACAAGCGCAUCAGAGAUGUCCUCGAGCAACGCGAUAAGCCCACGGACAUUCCGCCCGUUAAAUUGGCUAGGGAAUUUUAUCGUUCCUGCAUGAACGAAGAUGCGAUCGAGAAAAGGGGGAUCAAACCGAUUCAAGAGAUCCUGGACGCGACCGGUGGUUGGCCUAUGGCGAUGCCAGUGAGAACUUGGGAGUCUAACAAAGUAGCUUGGCAGAAAAUUGACAAGCAUUAUAUGAAAAUACUCGGCUUCAGUAGCCUUUUCGGCAUUCAUUGCGAAGUCGACCCGAACAAUACGAAGAAAUACGUACUCGCGAUAGAUCAAGAUACCGAUUAUAUUCUAGCGAGUAAGAAAGGUAAAAAUGCAUACGCCAACGAAAAGGACAUGUACGCGCUCGGAUUAUUCCGCAUAGCGGCAGCUUUCGCGAGAGAGAAGGGGUAUCAUUUGCAGAAGCGUCAAUUGAUCAGCGACAUGGCAAAAAUGGAGGCAUUCGAGAUCGAGCUCUUUCAGAUACUCGAGACGAAUAAGGAUCUAAGCUUCUACAAGGACAACUACAAGAGAAUGACGAUCGAGGAACUGCAGAAAUGGUACAACGAUUCCGGCGUUACCGCCUCCACGGCAAAAAUGAACUUCCUGGAUGUGAUACAACACGCGUUCAGGUUGGGUAAUAUCAGCGCGAACGCGUCCGAUCCGAUCGUGGUGUACAACCCGGAAUUUCUACACGAUCUGGCGGGAUUGCUUGGAAACACUUCGCGACGCGUGCUUGUGAAUUAUAUCCAAUGGAACAUCGUUCGCAACUUCUUGGAAUACACCACCAAAGAGAUGAGAAACAUCAUGUUCAAUAUGUCCUUUUCGUCGUACAACGUGUCCCACCAUAUGCCACGAUGGCAAUUUUGCGUGCUCAACAUGGAAAUGGAGGACGCGGUCUCUUACAUGUUUGUCAAAAAGUACAUCACGAACGACGUUAUCGACAAGACAAAGCAAAUGGCUGAAAGAGUACAAGGGGCAUUGAGACGACACUUAAUGCAGGCCCGUUGGUUAUCGAAAGAUGUGAAAGAAUCUCUGGUGAAAAAGUUGGACGACGUCGUAACUCAGAUUGGAUACCCUGACUGGUACAAUGACGAUAAAGCUAUGAUUCGACGUUACGAAGGGCUAGAAAUUGGUUCGGACUAUAUGACAAAUAUCUUGAACUGUUUAAAACAAGAUAUAAUAUGGUCCCUCAAAAUAUUUGUAGCACCUGUUGAGAGAACCCAAUGGACAGACUAUCCCAUAACAGUUAACGCGUUUAACGAUCGAGAAGUUAACGUGAUACUGAUACCAGCGGCUGAACUGCAAGAUCCAUAUUUCACGCCGCUUUUGCCAGACGCAGUUAAUUAUGGGGCCACUGGUUUUAUAAUUGGACACGAAUUAUCUCAUAGCUUCGACGACGACGGAAUACUGUACGAUGCCGAGGGCUACAAAUCCGAGUGGAUUCCUCAGGAAGUGUUGGACGAAUACGAAAAUCGAACAACAUGCUAUAUAAAUCAGUAUGACGAUUACACCCUUGACGUCUUGGACGAGAACGGAACGUAUAUUCAGCUGGAUGGCAAUUUAACCAAGACCGAAAACUUGGCAGACUCGGUUGGCAUACAAGUGGCUUUCGCAGCUUACCAAAUAUUAGCGAAAGAGAAACCUCAGACGAAGCUACCCGGAUUGGAGAACGUUACUAACGACGAGUUAUUUUUCUUGGCGUUCGCAAAUUCCUGGUGUUCGUCGAUCAGACCGGAGUACGAGACGGACGAGGCUAACAUCGAGGGACAUAGUCCUGCUAAAUAUCGUGUCAUAGGUCCCCUUUCUAACAUGGUUGAGUUCUCUCAAACCUUCAAAUGUCCAGAAAACAGCUCCAUGAAUCCGCAGGAUAAAUGCACCUUGUGGAAUUAGCCGCGUACCGUGAAUAAAUCUGUUACUUAAGUUUGUAUAAAUUUUUCACCGACAAAGAAUAGAUUAAUAUCGAGAAUAAAAAUGUAAAUAAAACGUUUGAUACGUUACUGUACAAAUAAAUUUCUCUGAGAGCUACGUCGACGUAAGUUAUUUAAUCAGUUGCGUUUUGUUAUUUUGUUAUUGAAACGACACGUCGAUGUACAUAUUCUGACAGCGCUUUAUUCAAUGUCAUACGGGAGGAAAUCAAGUAUUUUUAAAACAAAAUACUCAUACAAAACGUAUAAAACCGUGGAUUUGUACAUCGAUCUAGCACGUAGACAAUCGUAUGAUGUAACGUAACCGUUAAGUACACAAUACAUGUAUGUAUAAACAUCGACGCCUAUCAACAUAAAAUAAAACUUCACGCUUUCAUCAGAGAUCAUAUUCCCUCCACGCUUUCUCUACAUUUACGAUUUUCGUGCGACUAUAAUCGGCGCGGCUCUCGAUACGGUUUUUUUUCUUCUACGUUUAACGAUAAAACUCUAUGUAGCAUGGCUAGUAUCACAAUUCUGACAUUCUGUCUCUCGAAACGAAGUACAAUGCAGAGUCAAACGUGUGCGUAAAAAAAUUGAAACGCUUGCUCCUAAAACCUAACUCUCUUAAAUCUAACCGUACAUGCUAACCGAAAGGUCGAUUCUAUACAAAAACUUAAACUUAAGCUGGAACGAUCCUAUGUACAACAGAAUUAAAAUUAAGAGAAGCGAGUGAUAAACAAUAAUAAAGAAAAAAAACAAUUAUUUGUCGCGGUAGUUUAACCUUAUCAACUCGAAUACAUUCUUUCUACACGAUCUACUAUAAAUUACAAGACACGCUGAACGUAUCGUCGAUAAUACACGAACAUAAUCAAUAGCUGCACGACGAAGGUCUUCAAUGAUACAUGUCUACAUCUAAAUUAACUUUGUACAAAGCAGGGCGCGGGGUCUCCUUAUUAUAUUCGUUCGUCAAAUCAAUCGCACGUUCGUUUAACAAAGCUCUACUAUAAUUAACAAAUAAAAUUUGCUACCAUUCAUAACAACCGGAUCGAUCUAAAUCUGUGUAACAUUACCGAAAGAAGCGAAGCAACAACGCUCGCGAAUAAAAUUCUACUCGCAACGUUCAAUAACGUUUUUUUCUCUCCGCGCGAUCGUUCUCAUCUGUAACAACAAACUCUACGAGCGUUAAACAAAGUAUACUGGGUGGAUGAAAUAUAACCGACCGAAGAGUCGGGCCCCCAGGAUCGACUUUGUAUACAUUCUAAACACUGGGUGUAAUCUAAGAAUUAAUGGUUAUUAGUGUCUCUCUCUGCACGCCACUCGAGUAUAGUCGUUGGAACAAAUAUAGCGAUUUGCUCAAGGGGGUGGUCUGGUCUAGCGAGCGGAUUCAAACAUCCUUUAUAUAUAAAUUAUAAAAAAAAAAAGUAUUAAAUUCCAAAUUUCGUACACUUAUGCUUCGAGUACUUGUAUACACCUUUCAAGCAUUAAUGAUUGCACAUUCUCGAGUUAUACCCUACAUAUUGCGUUAAAGGACAUAAAAUAAAGUUGUUCCAUAGCGUGACCUAAAAUUUACAAAGUCAAAAUUGCAGAAUAAUAAUUCUUCCUAAGAAAGAAACUCGAUUUUUGAUAUUUUGAGGAAUUUACAUCUCGAUUAUGCAACGACUAUAAAACUUUUCGAUAUACUAUCCUAUCUUACACGAUACGACUGAUGGA